AUGCACGGUUCCAUCUACAAGUCCGUUCCCCAAUGCGCCCGAGAGGUUCUCCGCACUGAGGGCGUGGGCGCAUUCUACGUCUCAUACCCCACUACACUGUGUAUGACGGUGCCAUUCACCGCACUCCAAUUCAUGGCCUACGAAUCGAUGUCCAAGGUCAUGAACCCGACCGGCCGCUACGACCCCUAUACGCACUGCUUCGCCGGAGGUAUCGCCGGAGGAUUUGCAGCGGGGCUCACAACUCCCCUCGAUGUCAUCAAGACGCUAUUACAAACACGCGGCAAUGCUCGAGACGCAGAAUUGAAGAAUGUCUCCGGCCUAAUCCAGGCAGCCAAAAUUAUCCAUCAAAGGGAAGGAUACAGGGGAUACUUCCGUGGUCUGAAACCCCGAAUCAUCACCACCAUGCCAAGCACGGCAAUUUGCUGGUCCGCAUACGAGAUGGCCAAGGCUUUCUUCAUCCGGAGGAGCACCAACUCAUCAACGGCCAUAUAA